CAGUCACUCCCUCUUUGUCAAUUCACCUUAUUCUUACAUUGAACAUUGAAUUGAGCUUAAUCAUGAAGCUCUCUCUUCUCCCUGCCCUUCUUGGGCCGGCCGGAGCUCUUCAAUUGCCCCUGUUCCAAGCUUCCCCGUCGCAGUCCGAGCUCUCUACAUCGAGCAAGCAGCUCAUCGACUCUGAGCUGCUGCAAGAACAAGUCAAAGCAGAGAACCUGCUCAAGAGAGCUGAGGAGCUCUACGAGAUUGCAAAGCUCGGAGAGGAGGAAUAUCAGCACCCAACCCGUGUCAUUGGCAGCAAAGGUCACAUCGGAACCUUAGAUUACAUAUACUCCACCCUUGUCGAGCUCGGCGACUACUAUACCAUCACCAAUCAGUCCUUUCCUGCAGUGACCGGAAAUGUCUUCGAGUCGCGCCUUGUUCUCGGCCACACGGUGCCCUCCUCAGCUACCCCGAUGGGGCUGACGCCUCCCACAAAAGACAGAGAGCCUGUCUACGGUCCGUUGGCGGCAGUCGCCAAUCAUGGAUGCGAGUCAUCCGACUACCCUGACAAUCUUUCUGGCGCCAUUGCAUUCAUUUCUCGGGGAACUUGUCCGUUUGGAACCAAGUCCGAUCUGGCUGGCAAAGCAGGUGCGAUCGCUGCAGUGGUGUACAACAACGAGAAGGGCGACCUCUCUGGAACAUUGGGUACUCCCACCCCAGACCAUGUUGCCACAUUCGGUAUCUCAGACAGCGAUGCGGCACCUAUCCUAGAGCAGCUGAAGAAGGGCGAGAAGGUGGAUGGCAUUGCUUACAUUGAUGGCAUUGUGGAGACAAUUAUCACUACAAACAUCAUCGCUCAAACCGUCGAAGGAGACCAAAAUAACUGUGUUAUGGCUGGAGCCCACAGUGACAGUGUAGCCGAAGGCCCCGGUAUCAAUGACGACGGCUCUGGUACUCUAACUCUCCUGGAGCUGGCCACAAAACUCACCCAGUUCAGCGUCAACAACUGCGUGCGCCUUGCUUGGUGGGCUGGAGAGGAAGAAGGUCUCCUGGGUAGUGAUUACUAUGUGAGUCAGCUGACUCCGGAGGAGAAUCGCAAAAUACGCUCGUUCGGGGAUUUCGACAUGCUGGCUGGGCCAAAUUUUGCGUAUCAGGUCUACAACGCCACUAACGCCGCCAAUCCGGUGGGUUCGGAGGAGCUACGUGACCUGUACGUUGAUUUUUACGAAGCACACGACCUCAACUACACCUACAUUCCUUUCGACGGCCGCAGCGACUACGACGCCUUUAUUCGCAAUGGCAUUCCCGGAGGCGGUGUCGCCACCGGUGCAGAAGGUGUCAAGACUAAGGAAGAGGAAGAGAUGUUUGGUGGUAAAGCUGGAGAGUGGUACGAUCCCAACUACCAUCAGAUUGGAGAUGACGUCUCGAACGUCAACCUUACAGCUUGGGAGGUUAACACCAAGCUCGUGGCGCAUUCUAUCGCGACAUACGCGCUGUCGUUCGAGGGCUUCCCCGAGCGCACCGAUGCUGAUGUCAGCACUUUCUCCCACGAGCCGCGGAAGUACCGCGGCCACCGCCUGCAGAUGUAAUCGACGAUAGACUACAGAUCUCUUUAUCACUUUUGGCUAGAUAGAAUUUUGUCUGAUGCAUUAUUGAGUUGCUUACUUGGUGGGA